CCUCCUUUCAUUUCAUCCCAAACCGAACAAAGACAUUCAUUUUCACCUCAGCUUCUUCUUUUUCUCUUUGUUUCAUCAUGGCUUCUUUGGCUACAUUUAAUUUUGUUAUGUUUCUUAUUGUCUUGGCCUCUUCGCUACAUUUCACCGCCGAUGCAAGGAGGCUCGUUGAGUCAGACCAACCUGACCAGCCUUUGCUCUUCCAAUACCACAAUGGUCCUCUUCUGUCUGGGAAAAUCUCUGUUAAUCUUAUUUGGUACGGCAAGUUCAAGCCUUCUCAACGUGCGGUUGUGUCCGAUUUCGUCACUUCCGUUGCGUCUUCCAAGCCUACAAUAGCUCAGCCCUCGGUCGCCACAUGGUGGAAAGCCACAGAGAAGUACUAUCAGCUCAGCAAGAAACCUUAUUCUCUUGCUAUCACAUUGGGUUCACAAAUCCUUGACGAGAACUACUCUUUGGGAAAGUCGCUAACAAAUCAACAGAUCAUGGAAUUAGCAUCAAAGGGUGGUCAGAAAAACGCCAUUAACGUUGUUUUGACAUCAGCUGACGUGGCUGUCGAAGGGUUCUGCUCAAGCAGGUGUGGAACCCAUGGUUCAGGUUUGGGCGGAUCAAGCAAGGGUCACAACAGUAAGUUCGCUUACAUUUGGGUUGGAAACUCCGAGACACAGUGCCCAGGUCAAUGCGCAUGGCCAUUCCACCAGCCCAUCUACGGACCACAGAACCCACCUUUGGUUGCACCCAACAAUGAUGUCGGUCUUGAUGGGAUGGUGAUCAACCUGGCUAGCCUCUUGGCUGGGACAGUGACCAACCCGUUUGGAAAUGGGUACUACCAAGGUCCAAAAGAGGCACCACUGGAGGCUGCAUCUGCUUGUCCCGGUAUUUAUGGUAAAGGAGCAUACCCAGGCUAUGCUGGAGACCUUCCGGUGGACGCCACAACUGGCGCUAACUACAACGCACAUGGUGUGAAUGGGAGAAAGUAUCUGCUUCCGGCUUUGUUUGACCCUUCAACCUCAACUUGCUCUACACUGGCUUGAAAGUCUUAAACAAAGAUUAUAAGACAUGAGAGCAUGUCAGUGUAUAAAAUAUGUAUCUAGGCGGUAUAAUUUUGUCACAGAUUCUUUCAUUGUAUUAUUAUUGAAUUAUUCUUUUUCUAUCAUGCUUGAAUAUCAGAUUUAUACUUGAAAUGCAUAAAA